AUGCGUUCCUUCGACUCUCGCAAAGCAAUUCAUGCCCGGGUUCAAGCAAGACAGGAGCCUGUGCCCGUUGUGGCCCCUCGUCAAGAGGCGUCAGUUACCGUCCCGUUCGAGAUCAGCUUUUCCAUGCCCACAGCUACCAACCUGAUUAUUGAUACGUCCGUAAUGACUUUCGCCCCUCCUCCUACUGCGAUUCUUCGUGCUCCUCCCACAAGCUCGAGUACGCCCCUCAUAGAAAGCUCUCUCUCGUCCUCAAGCUCUGUUUCAACAGCCACCGCCGAAGCAAGCGCAGAUUCAACUCCGCUUGUGCUUGACCCGGCUCAGAGAGUGUACGAUGGAAUUGCCAACUCGGCGCUACACUCCCUUCCCCCGGCCGUUAUCGGCAUAGCUUCUGGAGGUUCCGCGCUAAUUAAAGAGGCCGUUUACGGCGACAAACCUCAAUAUUCGCCCAGAGAUGACGAGCCGCCUCAUUCAGUCGAGGCGGAUCGUCGAACCGUGCCUGUAGGUGACUCGUAUUUCCCAGAAGGCGAAACAUGGCAAAAAUUCGACGGGCGUACGGCGAAUCAUCCCGAGUCUUUCAUUUACACUGGCAACGGUCUACCCGAAGGAAUGGGUCCAGGCUCACCCGAUUCACCUGGUUCCAACGGUCCAUCUCCCAGGUCCGGUGUUCCACUUGCUCGGCCUCGGCCCCAGUUUGCCAAUCCUCGUCGUGCUCAAGUCGAGAGUGUCUUCUCCAACGUUUCCUUCCCGACCACGCAUCGCGCUGAUAGCAUACGCCACAGUUUCUUUCCCGAAGGCUACGAGCAUGAAGGUGAAGUCUGGGAUCUCGCUUCUCCUAGCUUUGCCAACGAAGGAGCACGCCCCAGCUUCGAGUCUACCACUGUAAACCGCGCUAGUAUCUUCGGAGAAGCCAGUGCUCGCGCAAGAGGCAGUGUAGUCAUCUACGAGUCUCACCCUAUCCGCCCACCUACUAUUGUAGAUGAUCCAUUUGCUGCCCCGGCUGAUCUGCCUUCCCCUGCCAAGGAGAGGUUUGCAUCCAAGAAGAGUUUGGAUGCCCCAGGGAAGAGGAGUUACGACGCCGCGAAGAGGAGUGUGGAUGGCGGAAAGAAGAGCUUUGAAGCAUAUAGUAUGCAAGUCCGAUCGCGGGAUGCUCGCGCGGCUGCACUUGACACUCUGGCUGAGGAUGCAGACGAGACUUCAGCUCAAGGUCACGGUACUAUCUCUUCGGCGCGGGCAAAGUAA